AUGAAACUCGAGAAUACAGCUGCAGACACUCAGCUGGGCAGAGCAGCAUCAGCGCAAAGUCAGCGCCCCGAUGGGCUGUAUGGACCCCGCGGCGCCGAGUCCUCUCAGAGUGUCGAUACCUUCACGCCCGUGGUGCCGCGCAAGCACCGGCGUAGCGCUUCGCGUGCCUCCCUCUUGAACGAUUCACCUGAGGAGGUUCCUCCGCCUGUACCCCCGAAGUCUGCUGCCUCGCGCCAGCAGCGCAGUGCGCCCAGGAAAAAGCCGCCACGCAUUCGGGACGAUGACAAGGAGAACAGCGAUGUCUCCCCGAACCCGAGUCCCGCGUUAGCACGCUCGAAGACAGCGUUGUUGUCUGGAACAAGUGCGGCCGGACCUACGACACCCACGCGUGCUCGUUCCGUGCUUGAUGCACGGUACCUAGCGGAUGGACCUUCGCCUGCGUCCUCAUCGGAGUUGUCACCCGUUGCAAAGGACAUGAUGGCCAACCUUCGCAAGCAGCGCUUGCAAAUUCAGAACGUCGCGCGAAGGUCCGGCAGGGGCCUGCGCUCGGCGUCAUAG